AUGAGUGAAGAAGCGAAAAGGAACAUUGCCGGACCUCUACCGGCGAGGCCCAUCACCGAUGACCGGAAACCAUCACCGUUACCGGCGCCGGCGGUGCCCCCGAAGAAGGUCAUCAUCAAGAGCGCCGACAUGAUCCCCGACAUGCAGAAGGAGGCCGUUGAUAUCGCCGUUGCCGCCUUUGAGAAGUACAAUGUAGAAAAAGAUGUUGCGGAGCAGAUAAAGAAGGAGUUCGAUAAGAGGCAUGGCCCCACUUGGCAUUGCAUUGUGGGUCGUAAUUUUGAUUUUGAGGCCUUCUUCUCAGCUCUAUUAUCCAGCGGAAAAUUAGGAGUGGUAAACAGGGAUUAUGGAGUAAAACUUGAGGAAAAUGGGCCUAAAAAGGGUCUGCGGGGGUGUAUGGAAGAAGAAAUAAACUGGCAGCAAGCUAGGAGGGAGAGAGAGAGAAGCAUUGGGAAGGGAAAUAACAGAAUUGUCAGGUGGCAGUGGGAGAAUGGAAGAGGGGGAUGUGGGAGUCAUGCUAGAGGGGAGAGAUAA